AUGUCCAAAUCGUUGAUGAGAAAGGCCAAAAACGUGGUGAAUGGGUACUCAAGCACCCAAGUGUUACUACGGGAGGCUACAUCCAAUGACUCAGACGGACCAUCCGUGGACCUUUUGGAUGAGAUUGCAGAACGGUCCUGGGACAAUGUGAGUUUUUUUGAGAUCAUGGACAUGCUGGACAAACGCUUAAACGAUAAGGGCAAAAAUUGGCGCCAUGUUGCAAAGUCCCUAACGGUCCUGGACUAUUUGGUUCGCUGCGGAUCAGACCAUUGUGUUCCUUGGGCCAAAGAGAACUUGUACAUCAUCAAAACCUUGCGGGAGUUUAUACAUGAAGACGAACUUGGAGUUGACCAGGGCCAGAUCGUCCGUGUGAAGGCCCGUGAACUAACCGCGCUGUUGCAGGACGACGAGCGUUUGAGAGAGGAAAGAGAACUAAGACGUAAAAAUCGUCGGCCAAGAAGGCGUCGGACUCGGGAAAAUCUCGACGACGACAUGCAGCGUGCUCUAGAGGAAAGCAGACUUACUGCAGAACAGGAAGAAGAAGAACGUCGCAGAAGACUAGAGCUUUACGAUAACAGCAAUGACGACUUGCGGACCGCACUGCAACUAAGCCAAGAAGAGGAAGAACUCAGGCGUCUACGAGCCCUUCAAAUGCAACAGGCCCAAAAUCAGAUGUACGAGUUUCAGCAGCCCCAGCAACAGCCUCAACAGCAGGCCAUGUACUACGAUGUUUUCGGAAACCCUAUUUCUUUAGAGGAGUAUCUUCAAUAUCAACAGCAAAUGAACGAACAACAGCUCGCACAACAACAAUAUGAACAAGCAGCCCAACAGCAGUACCUGGCGCAACAACAGUACCUGGCUUUGCAGCAGCAACAGCAAGAAGAAGCGCUUGCUCACCAACGAUACUUGCAGUCACUCGCUCAGCAACAGCAACAACAGUUGCAACCCUUGGCGACAGGCUCCAACAAUCCGUUUGCAAGAACCAACCAAAUGAGUCCGCCACCCACGACUGUUCAAUCGCCUCCUUCUCUACCGCGCCCAGUCGAGGUGCCGCAGCCAGCACCCGUCCCACAAAAGAUUGCUUCGCCACCACAGCAACCGCUUAAACAGACAAGAACAGGUAACCAGUCUAUUUCUGACAAGUUCAGCGAUUUGAACAAUCUUCUAGCCACGGGCGCAGGUUUAGAUACAUUUGGUAACACAGGUGAUACUCGUAUUCCUGCCCAACACACCAAGACGGGCACUUUCAUCAAUUCACAGGGUACGGGCUACAAGCAGGUAGCUAGUGGACCUCAGGGUAAGAAGAACCCUUUCUUGGGGCAACAAUACACGGGACUUCCAAGUACUUCUGUCGUGCCCUCCCACACUGGCUAUGGAUUCGGAAAUGGAAGCCAAAGCUACCAGCCCCAGCAACAGCGCAACCAAUAUGCGUCUAACGGAGCGGCAGAUCAAGGCGUCAGUCUGAUAGACUUGUAG